AUGGCGAGUAGAGUGGAGAAACAGAGCCGAGGAGGAAAGCGCUGUGUUGCUGGUGGCCCUAACUUAGUCAGCUGUGGAAAUAGUCAAUAUACUGAUGGGGUGUCAGUUCACUUAUUCCCCGAUAAAGAAAAAGACAACGCGAGACAUCAGAAAUGGGUCCAAUUUGUGCGGCGUUAUCGACCAGGCUGGGUCCCUUCGAAGACAUCAAUUUUGUGUGGGAGUCACUUUGAGGAAUCUUCCUUCACAAUGCGAAGAGACAUAGCUUUACAGCUCGGAGUUAAGUCUUUUCUCAAGCCUGAUGCAGUGCCAACGGUUCAUGUAGCAAACGAAGCUCCGAAGAUAUCUGAAGAAAUGUCAGAUCGAGAUCGAAGACAGAUUGUUCGAAGUGCUAUUAUAACCCCGAAACCUAUCGAAACGACGACAUCAGACAUUGGCGAUGAUGUAGAAGAAGCAGAUGAUAAUAAAGAAUUGGAUAGCCGAGUCGAAAGCAAUAUUGCUUGUGAGAACUGCAAGUCUAAUAAAGCUAAAAUAGUGUAUCUGCAAAAAAAGGUCAGCAAGUUGAAGAAGAAGAGGGCAGAGCUGUAUGCAAAAAUUGAGCAGCUUACAAACACGGAUGUUAUGCCUGAAGACAUGGAUGCAAGUAGCCUUUCAGGUUAUAUAAUGGAUAGCGGUUCGGAUGACAAUGGGCUUGAUGAAGUUCAUGUCAGUCAAGACUUGAGUCUGGAAAAUGAGGAUGAGGAAGACUGGGCAACUUUGGAAGAAUCGGCCGACUCCACAGACACCGAAGAUGAUGGAAAUCAGUUUGUUUCAAGAAAUCUUGUAAGUGUUAGACCUGGGACGAGAGUUGCUGAAGAGCCCAAGUUUGUGGUUUUCUAUGGCAUGUUGUUGGCAAUUUUCAAAACUUUCUGUUUCCGAUGCAAAGCUGACAAUCCUUCUGUUGAGGUACAUCGCACUGGAACAAUGGCAACUGUUGUGCAGAAAUGUAGGCAGUGCAGAAUGCAUUUCCAGUGGAAAAGUCAGCCAUCACUCUUUGGAAAAUAUCCUGCAGGCAAUGUAAUGCUGAGUUUUGGCAUCUUGACAUCGGGUGUGAGAAUAAGCCAGGCUUUGUUGAUGUUUAGACACAUGGGGCUGUCAGCCAUAUCUGGACGGACCUUUUUUUAUCAUCAGAAAAAAUUCCUCUUCCCAUCUGUGCUCCAUCAUUGGGAAAGCUAUCGCUCAUCACUGCUUGAAAAAUUGAGAGGGGUCAAGAAUGCACAAUGGUCUGGAGAUGGAAGGUUUGAUUCUAUGGGUCACAAUGCUAAAUAUGGUGUCUACACAUUGUUUUCCAAUUCCAUCUCCAAACUGGUCCAUUUUGAACUGCUUCAGGCAAAUGAAUCAGGGUCAAGUAACGCAAUGGAACUUGAUGGAGCCAAACGUUGCUUUCAGUACAUAAAGAAUGCUGGUUUGACAAUCACAACAUUCAUAAGUGAUCGACACAAAGGAAUCGCAAAGUGGAUUCGUGAAUCACAGCCUGAAACCUCCCAUUUCAAUGAUUUGUGGCAUGUCUGCAAAGGUCUCACAAAGAAAAUCUUGAAAGGCAGCAAAGAAAAAGGCUUUGAAGUACUAAAAUUAUGGCUCAAGGGAAUACGUAAGCAUCUUUAUUGGUGUGCCCUUUCUACCAAGCAAGGCUUUGGUGAGUUGAUUGUUGCAAAGUGGAGAUCCUUGAUGCGUCAUAUUGCAAACAAACAUGAUGAACAUCCGAGUCUGUUAUACAACAAGUGUGCACAUGUUGAACUUGAACCACGUGAAUGGAUUCCAAUCGGUACACCUGCAUAUGACAAAUUACUCAAGAUUCUUUGCAACACAACCACUUUAAAAGAUGUCCAGAGUCUAUCAUGUGAUGCCCAGACAAGCUGCCUGGAAGGCUUUCAUUCAACGUUAAAUCACUGGCACCCAAAAAUGGUUCACUUUUCUUGGCUUGGUACAUACUGCAGACAUGUUUUGGCUAUUUCUCAUUUUAACGAGAAUCUCAAUCGUGAAGCACGAACAGCAUUAGAUGGAUCAGUAUGCUACUCAGUUGUUUACCCAAAAUUCAAACUUGGGGAAGAAGUUGUCAGAGAAGUUGCCAUACCCCCUACAUAUGCAUAUGUGGACAAUAUAAGAAAUGUUUUGUUCAGCACGCCCUUGGAGGAGCUUGGGAGUGUCCUGGACAAGUACACACGGAAAGUGCCAGAGCCUUUAACUGCUCAGUUCCCAAACAGACGUCAAAAGAAUGAUGCCAUCUCUGAAUAUAUUUUAAAGCAGAGCACUACUACACCAAUGUACCCUACAGAAAAUGAACAAGAAUCCUUGCAAUUAAGCCUAAUGAAACCAGCUGUAUUGGCUGAAAGCACAAGAAAAAGGAAGACCAACCGCUGCUGCAAAAAAUGUGGGAAACCAACAAAGGGGCAUAAACGUGGAAAGUGUGACUGAUUUUUGGUGAAACACUCCAGAUCUCUCUCUUCUUUGCAAAAGAAAGUAUUUGCUUUUAUCAAAAAGCCUUACCCUUUCGGUAUUUGAAGUCCACUUGUGUUCUACCAAAACUUUUAUUAAAAAAGUGGACCUCAGUAUGGAAAGGGUUAAGUUUAAAAUUUACUGGUUAGAAAUUAGCAAAAGUUAAAUACACUCAAACAAAUAAACUGACUGGAAAUGUUUGAGAGCAACUGCUACUUAUACUGAUAUUUGGAACAAACAUGUAGUGAAACAUGAGGGCAAAAGCCAUAUUCUGUAGCUUAUUUUGUAGAGCUUUUGGACCCUCAGAUUCAUAAGUUUUGGCACAUUUGAAAUGUUUGCAUAUUUUUACUGAAAAUGAGUCAGAUCUAAACAGUUACUCUCAAAUAUUUUAAUGCUUAAAGUCUUAUUCAUUAUCUGCAUAACCAGUAGUAGCAGCUGUCUGGAAUUUCGUCCUUAUGUUAUGGUAUAUGCAGGCUGGCAGUGGUCUUCUGUUGUCCCAACCAAGGUAACCACAGAACCAACGAAUUAGCCAUCUGUAGGCAACAGCUCUAAGAUACCUGAAAAAAUAUGUUGAUUCUUAUUUAUGCUAAAGACUGAUCUAUUUUAUUUAUGUUAUGCAUUUAACAUGGCUUACCUACAACAAUAAGUAACUGACAAUAAGUAUUUUAUGUUCAUGAUCAAAUAUUGGUUGCUGUUCUUAUAACAAAAAUUAUUUAGUCUGGGGUUGAAAUUGCAAUCCUGGGGUAGGGAAGGCUAUGGUAUGCCAAGUUUUAAAGUUCUGCACAAAAAGCAGAUUCUCUUGAAAGUGAAAUUAUAAAAAACUACAGAAUAUAUAUACUGUAUUUUCAUUUUGCUAUCAUGAAUAGCUUGUUUUGCCAAUUGUGUAAUUUUUAAUAUUAAGAAUAUUUUUGGGUUAUGGAAACAUGCUUUAGUCUUGUUCAUUUUCACCAACAAGUAUCUUCUGGUUAUAAUCAUGUUAUCAUUGGUGGAUUGAAACAAUUUUAUCGCAAAUUUUAGACUUCAAAAAUAAAAAUUCUAAAAGUUUUUGCAACUAUUCAACUAUUAGCUUACUCGUUUCUGCCUUGUCCUGCUCUUCGCUUGUAUGCUCGCCCUUGCGAGUCUUUCAAUAAAGGCCCAACCAUCAUCAGGACCUCUGUAUUGACCAAUGCGUUGUAAUCGCGGUGUUGGAUGAUACAUGUUAUUCCAUCAAUUGUGCCAUCAAAAACUGCCUUGCCAAUAGCACAGUGUACUUCCCUGCAGCAUCUGUAUUCUAACGCACCCACCAACAGUUCAUCUUUACACUGUGAACACGAGCACCUUUAGAAAAGGAAAGAAGAUUUAAAUGGGUUAAGUAAAAACGUGAUUUGAAUUGGAAAAGAUGCGAGUGAAUAAAUUACAGAUGCGAGUUUUUUUCGAAGACGGCUCGGACUAAAUGAUUCAUUCACACGUUGGGGCCUAAGUAGACCCUAGGCUUGCUUGCCCUAAACCAAGUUAUUGAAGGCAGGCCUGUCGUCUAGGCCCUGCGAGUGACUGAAUUUCUCAGGAAAGAAUUUAUCUAAUACUUCAUAUGUAAUUAAAGUCACCUACCAGUCAUUCACAGCAACUCUCUUCUCGAAUCUGGCCUCCAGUGUUUCACGAGGAAUGCCAUCCUUGUCUUCCUCAAAAUUCACUCGCGCUUGCCCAGGCAGAGCCAGUGGUUCGUCUUGGUAUGGAGCGUGAGCUUGUAAGUUCACAACUUCAUAAUCUCCGUCAGUUGAACUAUCGAUUAAUGAAAAUUGCUCUGAAAUACUUUCGGUGCUGCUGUAUUCGCUGUCCGACAUCUUGCGUUAAUUUGGUAAAACUAAAAUGAAUCCAUCUUCGACAGGCAUCUACUGACGUCUGACCGGAGUGCGCUUUGUUGUUGUUUGCUGUUUGCAAUGUGUUCUACUUUCUACGUCACACGCGAUGUGCGAAAUUCGCCAUGACCUCAUAACUUUGGCGGCCUUUUGUAAACAAUUUAAUGUGUUGCUGCUAAUUAUUUUUAUAUCAUAUUUCUCAGCAAAGAUUGAAGUUUCUUUUAAGGCCAAAAAAGACAAUUCGAAAAUUUCGUUGCAGUAGCACUUUAAUGGUUGGGAGAUUAAGGGGUAUUAGGGAUUCACUGGUCAGGUAAAAGAUAUAUUGAGGUGUGUUCUCAACAAGAAGAACGUUGAUAUUUCUUGGUACAAUUUCAAGUUGAGAAGAUUGUUAGUAAACCCAGAAAACCAGAUGAACUCGAUAAUAUUGGCAACAAGUUUAUUUUUUCUUCUUUCUUCCUCGCGAUCUCUUGCAAGUAUUAGUCUGAAUACUUCUUCCUUUAACCUUUGGUUUUUCAGUUUUAUUAACAUCCGCUCUUACUUCAGAUAUAAGAUUUGGUUUAAUCUUGGAAACUUGUUGCAGCUGGAUAUUGUCAUCAGUAACUUCAUCAAACAUCUUGCAAAUUUGUUCUUCAUCGGAGUCACUGCUUUCAUCUGACGAGCUUUGAUUACCCUUGAGGUACAGUCCAAUAUUCUGAAAAA